AAAGAGGCGCUAAGUCGUUGGGUAUUAGGAAAAGAACUCAUAGAAACUCAAUCGUGUCUUGUCACGCAUCAAGUACAGUGGAUAUUUGCCGUGAGAAAUUGAUUUAUUUUUGAUUAUUCAAAGUAAAGUUAUUGUGCAGAUUAAUUAAUAAAAAAAAGUGGAAUUGUGAAGCUUGAAGAGUGUUCUUUGAUAAUUAUAAUUUUAAUUACAUCUCGACUGAAGAAAAAAAGUUAUUGUCUUCGUGAUCGAUAUCAACUGAUUGACUACAGAAACCGAUACAUACCAUGGCUGCAUUAUUCAAGGUUGCACGAUACGAUAAACCGAGUAAACGAAAAAUAAUCAGGGCUGCAACGAUUGAUGGACUUAUAUCUUCUGCAAGAACUAAGUUAAAACUAACAGAUGAAAACUAUAAGAUAUACACAGAGGAUUUUACGGACAUAGAUGAGGAUGACAUAUUGUUAGAAUUAGCUCACUCUAAAGAAUCCAGAGGUGAGCAACUCCUUUUAACAAUUGUUCCAGACCAUAUCCUUUGGAAUUGCAACGCACUUGAUGAAAAUGUUUCUAAAUCUUCAGCUGGAAUACAUCGGGAAAUCUCGAGUUCAUCAACGUCUCAUCGACCUACGGAAAAAAGUAUUUCAUCCAGCUCAUCAUCGACAUUACAUACAGCUGAUGAUGAAUUAUCUAAAUUUUUUUCCAAGUUUUCUACUAACCCGGGAAAAAAUGUUUUUAUAAAAUUUUAUAAAAUAAUAUAAAAUUUUACACAAUUUUAUAAAA